AUGCCAACGGAAACCAGAGCAAGAGCUGCUAUGAAAGAACCGCUCGAGCGAAACGAUGAAAAUUUGGAAAUUCGAGACGAUGGGCAAAAUGUCUCGUCUGCAGAUCAACUUGGUCAUCAAGAUAUAUUGUUGCAAGAAGAAUUACUUGAAGCCAGUAGGGGGCAAGAGGCGUCACGGGGAGAUAGCUAUUUUCAGCGAGAGAUUUUGAAAACAGUUAACGAGCAACGAGUUUUGAUGAUGGAUUAUAAAGAGACACAUGACCGACAGUUGUUCGAAUUAACCGGCGAAUUGAAGCGAUUAUCUCUGAAUUUCUCUCGGUUGUGUGACAAGAAUAAUGAACUCGAACAGAACUUUGAUUUACAUGCAAAAAUCGGACAGCUGGAAACCACAAACAAGUUAAAUCAAGAGCGGUUAGUCGCUGUUCACGCUGGUAUACUAGCCUCCAGCCAAGAAAUAAUCAAGACAGAGUUGCGUGGCGAAUUUUCGACGGCCUUCGAAGAAUUCCCGACUGAAAUUCUACAUGAAAAAAAAUCUACGCGAGAACGACUGGAAAGAUCUGAAAUAAAACGGAAGAUUUCAACAAGUGAUGGCAAAAGUCAAGCUACAAUUGCCUUCAGAAGCCCCGAACACGAUUGCACAGUAGUGAAUACGGCGAAAGCACCCUCCCCGUCUAGGAUUGCAACUUCUGUCCCUGUGCAACAUUUGUAUUCCACAGCCGUUCCUUCAACAGUUCAGCAGUCGGCAACGAGUCGUCUAUUUAUGCCAGUUACUACACCCAUCGCGCAGACCACGGAGAUAACGAUCAUCCCUCAACCCCAACUUGGAGCCACUCGGCCUAUUCAAAAGCCUGCGACGUUUGAUGGUCGGAUACCCUGGGACUCAUAUCGUACGCAAUUCAAGAUAGUAGCCGGCAUUAAUCGGUGGUCUGAAGGGGAAAAGGCCGCUUUUCUUGCCCUCACUGUCUUAUCGAACUUGUCACCAGAGCAUCGAAACCAUUAUCCUCCCUUGGUAGCAGCCCUCGAAAGCAGAUAUGGGAGUCGACGACAAGCAGAGUUGCACCGGAUGAAACUUCGCAUGUAG